AUGUUGGAUUUUAAUUUAGGCGAAAAACCAUGUCCAUUAAAAUCAUCAGUCCAAGACCAAUUUACAAUUGUGAAUAACAACAAAUCGAAAUUAAAAUUCCAACUUGAACCAUUACAACCAAAAGAAUUUCAAUUAAGUUUUAGCCCAACCUCUGGUUCAAUUGACAAGGGAAAAUCAAAAACAGUUAAAGUAAAAUUAGUUGUUAAUACAAAGAUCAAUACAAAUCACAAAGUAGUGUUAAGAAUUGAAGGAGGUGCUAGCCACUUUUUAACUGUAAAAAUAAGAUGCGAAACAGGUGUUUUUGGUGUUGACCCACUUUCACUCGAAUCAGUAGAUGAUGAAGGCUAUAGAGUACCAGCUAUUCUCUCUUUAAUGAAGAAAUCUUUAAUUGAAAAUGGUGGUUUACAACAAGAAGGUAUUUUCCGUUUAGCAGGUGAACAAACUGAAAUUAAACGUUUAAAGGAACAAAUGAACAAAAAUGAUUUCACAUCAAGUAAUGAUAUUAAUACUAUAGCAUCCCUAAUUAAAAUUUGGUUUAGAGAAUUACCAACACCAAUUUUAAAUUCAAUUCCAACUGAAAAAAUUUUUUAUAGUACAGAUGUUGACGAAUGUGUUCAAUCUGCUGCACAACUCCCAGAACCACAAAAAAGUUUACUCGAUUGGUUAAUGAACCUUUUAUUACAAGUUUCCAGUUUUUCUGAUGUAAACAAAAUGACAGCCCAAAAUCUUGCAAUUGUUGUAGCACCAAAUCUUUAUGACGUUAGUAGUUCUAAUCCAAUGGAAGGUUUAGUAUUAUCUCAAAAGUGUGUACAAUUUUUACACAACGUCCUCAAUCAUAAAGUAUCUGUUCACAAAAGAGAAUCAAGAUCGAUUGCAUUUGAAGUGUAA